CAAGCUCUCUCUCCCCCUUCCUUCCUCUCUGCGAAUCGAAAUUCGCAAUCCUCAAUUGGUUACUAAAAUAUUACCUGCAAAACCCUAACUCACCGAAGCGUUCGGUGUCAAGCGAUUAAAAGAAAAUGGACACGCACUCCUCGCACCUCACAGCACCGAACCGUUCUCGUAGCUCGCAGUCCCCUUCUCCGUCCCACUCUUCUGCCACAUCCUCCAUCCACAAGCGCAAGCUCCCGCCUGAGGACCACGCGCCACUUCCUCCCUCCUCGUUCUCCGCUGACACCCGCGACGGCGCAUUGACCUCCAACGACGACCUCGAGAGCAUCUCCGCACGCGGAGGCGGCGCCGAUGACUCUGACUCCGACGAUGAUUCCGAGGCUGCAGCCGCCGCCGCAGAUGACUCCGACGACGACUCCUCCGCCAUGCGCACCUUCACAGCCUCCCGUCUCGAGAACGCUUCCGCCACUGCCGGCGGCUCGGUGCGCAGCACGAAGCUCAAGACGGAGAACCUGAACUCUGCGACAGUGAAGAUCGAGAGCUCGGAGUGCGGCAAGGACGGUGGGACCCAAGGCGCUGGUGCUGCGGGGCCCACCGCUUCUGCGGCGGGAAGCUCGGUUCCGGGGAUCGUGGUGAAAGAGGACGCCUCGAAGAUAUUUACAGAGAAUAUACAGACCAGUGGAGCUUAUAGUGCCAGGGAAGAGAGUUUGAAGAGAGAGGAAGAGGCGGGAAGGCUCAAGUUUGUGUGCCUAUCAAAUGAUGGAAUUGAUGAGCAUAUGGUUUGGUUGAUAGGAUUGAAGAAUAUUUUUGCAAGGCAAUUACCUAACAUGCCUAAAGAGUACAUUGUUCGUCUUGUCAUGGAUAGAAGCCAUAAAUCUGUGAUGGUGAUCAGACGUAAUCAGGUUGUUGGUGGGAUUACUUAUCGCCCAUAUGCCAGCCAAAGGUUUGGGGAGAUAGCUUUCUGUGCAAUCACAGCUGAUGAACAAGUAAAAGGUUAUGGCACCAGGCUGAUGAAUCACUUAAAACAGCAUGCACGCGAUGUGGAUGGGCUAACUCAUUUUCUGACAUAUGCUGACAAUAAUGCCGUCGGCUAUUUUAUCAAACAGGGUUUUACCAAAGAGAUCCACUUGGAGAAAGAUAGAUGGCAAGGGUAUAUAAAAGACUAUGAUGGAGGAAUUCUUAUGGAAUGUAAAAUUGAUCCAAAACUUCCUUACACCGAUUUAUCAACUAUGAUUCGCCGUCAGAGGCAGGCGAUCGACGAAAAAAUAAGAGAGCUCUCAAACUGCCACAUUGUUUAUACUGGAAUUGACUUUCAGAAGAAGGAAGCUGGUAUUCCCAAAAAAACCGUUAAAGUUGACGAUAUCCCUGGAUUGAGGGAGGCUGGGUGGACUCCUGAUCAAUGGGGCCAUUCACGGUUUCGAACUUUAAGUGCGUCUACAGACAGUGCCACAAAUCAAAAACAUUUGACUGCAUUCAUGCGCUCACUUUUAAAGUCAAUGCAUGACCAUGUCGAUGCUUGGCCAUUCAAGGAUCCAGUUGAUGCACGGGAUGUACCUGAUUAUUAUGAAAUCAUCAAAGAUCCGAUGGAUUUGAAGACGAUGUCGAAAAGGGUAGAGUCAGAUCAAUAUUAUGUUACCUUUGAGAUGUUUGUGGCGGAUGUUAAAAGGAUGUUUGCCAAUGCACGCACCUACAACUCUCCCGAGACCAUUUAUUAUAAAUGUGCAACCAGGUUGGAAUCCCAUUUUCAAAGCAAGGUUCACUCAGGUCUCCAUUCUGGAGCAAAAAUUCAGCAGUAACUAAUUCGAUGACUGAAUAUGGAUCAUGCCAUGGGUGCUGUCCAUGUGAGCCGGUUGGGCCACCGCCGCCUCCAACCUUAUUGUAAGAAGGCAUUCCUAUUCUUGACCUCUUCGGUAAUGCUGAGUGAUCUAGAUUUCGAACCACCCUGAAUGUAAGCCUGAGGUCAUUUUCCCCCCAUAUUGAACGGAUAAAAAUUUCGGGAAAAAAGGGUGAUCUUCCGUCUGUAUUCAGCCUUCGUUAUUAUAAAAAAAAACAAAUUAUACUCCAAAGCCUUACACCACACCUGCUUAAAGGGAAAAAAAGAGUUCUUUUACUCAACAGAA